UAAAGAGCAGUGUUUUUUAGGCCUGUAUGUCCCCUCCAUUUUUUCUGCUACUAACACAGCAAACAAUUUUCUCAAGAUAUGCCUGGCAGCAUUUUGCCCCAACAGCAAGGCAGACAGUGGCAGGCACAGUCUCCAGACUAGAACGUAUCUCCGUCUCUGGAUCUUGGGCACUAGAGGGCGCUGUUAAGCCACUCUCUGGAACGAGUCUUAGGAGUUCACCAGUCAACGUCAGUCCGAUUCAGCAGCGACAAGGAAAUCCUCCUUUCUCUCCGCUGGAGGGCGCUGCUGCUGUUAUCAAAGUUGGCUGUGGGGAUUUAAUUGGCUUGGCUAGCUAGGACUUGCGCUUGCAAGUCUAGCAUUCUUUGGAAGCGCCUCGGCUUGCCCUGUGCUUUCUGUUCCUGCUGCAGUUGAGAGUUUCGCUGCUUGCUUGUCCAAGGAGCUUCUGGAUGCCAGAUGGGGACCACCUGAAGCCACGGAUCAGAGUUGUUUCUGUUGACACAGAGUCUGAGAAGUUCCUUGUAAAGAAGUCUGCUGCUUCAUCUAUUGAAAAUGAGAUUCCUGAGAAGAACAGUUCUCAGACACCUUACACCAGCCAGAAAGAAGCUGAUGUCUAUGAAAAAAGCCUGCCAACGUAUGAGCAGACCCAAACAAAGGUGGUAGGUGCUGCGGAGUGCUUGGGAGUUCCGUCUGCCCCAGCCCUGCUAGUCAGCCAAGGAGGAUGUGUCCAACCUGUUGUGCAAGCCAAAGCAGAGGUUCACAGGGCUUCAGAGAGUGAUGGAGAUCCAGCAUCCCAGAGGGAAGCCAUGAGGUUCUACGGCAAGUCUGAUGGGCUUCACAGCCAGGCACCACUAGCUUCCUUUCAAGGGGAGGUGGAUGCAUCUUCGGUGGAAUCUACUGCCAGCAGCCCAUUUCUUCAGAGGUGCAAAAAUGCCCCACUUGUGCCUGCAACAGAAAGUCAGCUCAGAUUCCAGCUUCCUUGCUAUGAAGAUUUUGCCUUGAUUGAUUCCCUGAUGGGAGAAAGUCAGGGUCAGAGCAAGAACAAGGCAGUGGCACCAACCCAAGGCUGUUGCUCUAUUCCUGCUCCAGCAAGAGAUGGCACAUCUGCUACAGAUGUCAGACCUGGGCUAUUGGAAAUCAAAGGCAUGCAGAAUGUGGAAGAGGAUGAUAUGUACUAUGGGAUAAAAGAGGGACCACAAGACAUCCCCACAUCUGUUGAUGCUGUCUUUGGAUCAAAAGACUAAGGACUUAGAAAAGGGAAUGUGAGAAACAGAGAUGAGCCGAAAGAUUAAGCACUUAGAAAGGGGAAUGUAAGAAACAGAGAUGAGCCUGACGUCUAAAAUUUCUUGUGGGAGUCCAAAUCUGUGAUGAUGGGGGUGUUGGUGGUCAUCCAGUUGGUUCAAUAAUAGCUGAGCCUCAUUAUUAAACGAAGUAGAAGGGAAAGAAUACCAAAGUGAUGGUAUUUUUCUUCUGCUCGUUGUGGGUCUGAAAGAAAAGUGUUGUCUAAGAAGCAACCAGAAAUGGGAUCAAAGCAGAAGAUGAAGAAGCAAAUGGAGAGCUGUUUUUACAGUCCAGAAAAAAUUCACUGUCAGACUGGACAAUUCAUAGUCCAGGAAAGGAGUUGUGUAUUUGUCCCAAGGCCAUUGCUGUAUGCAUGUCUUAUUCCAAAGACACUCAGGGCAUUUCAAGGGAAGUUGUAUCUUCUUUUGUAUGUAUGUAUUUGUUUAUUUCAGCCCAAGGCCAGCAUAUAUCUUCUUUUGUAGAAUAUAAAUAUCACCCGCAAGAAGAACACUUGCUCCAGAUGUAUUCUGGAAUAAGCUUGUAUGACCUGUGACCAACAAAAUGCAGUCCACCAAUUACGUACAGCAACCAUAUGGAGCAGAGGCGUAACGAUAGGGGGGACGGGGGGGCACGUGCCCCGGGUGCCAUCUUUGCAGGUCACAUGGGGGGCGCCACCAUGACCCUGCCGAUCCCCCCCAAUUUUUUUUUUUUAAAUUUUAAAUAAAAAUUUCUCCGGCUCAGCAGCAGCAGUCAAGGGAGUGCGUCGGCGCCCCCUCCCCCACAAGUGGUCCCUUCCGCGCCCGCGCCCACGCCCCCCAUUGCCAAAAUGCUGCCCAUCACCGCGUGCCCCCCUUCAGAUCUUUUAAGAUAAUCAUCCGGCAAACACUCUUGGCUCUGAGGCGGGCGGGUGCUGCCGCUGCCUGUUUUGCUGCUGCCAUUGAUUGGUUGAUUGGCCUCCCGAGUCCUUGCACUUGCGCGAGAUCUCCCCGCUGGAGUCUCGCAGCGUCAUCACUCAUGUGCACUGCAUGCUGGCGAUGAGAGCGUUUGUGCUCCUCUCUGUUUGGAGGCUGCUCUAGUGUGCUGCGCGGGGAGGAUCCAGCGAGGAGAAGACCACCAACCAGACUGAGCCUAAGCCUUGCUUUUUGCAAACGGAAACUGACCGCCUUCACAAUAAAGUGUGCAGCUGC